AUGUUGGUUGGAAUUCUUGGAAAUGGGUCGAUUGUUCGUUUGGUCACAAAGGAUGCUUUAAUGCARACUUUGAGUAAUAAGCUCCUUCUGGUGAUAGCUAUAUCCGAUCUGGGAACAUGUGUGGUGACAAUGUCAUUCUCUUUCAUAUCCAUGAUUGCUAACAGAUGGCUGUUCGGGCAGACCCUUUGCGACAUCAUUGCAUUUUUCUGUGACUUUUUCUUCCGYGUGUCAUCCUUAACAAUUCCCCUUGUUGUUUAUCAAAAGCAUUUGAGCAUUACUUCCACGAAUGCGAUGAGACACAGCAAUCAAAGUAUAAAGAAAUACAUUAUCUUCUUUUGCCUUCUAGCGUCCGCGUUCUCUCUUCCUUAUCAUCCAAAGGAGGUGCAUUAYGACCCCGACAUCUUCGCAUGCAAGUUGUAUUUUCCACGCAGAUCAUCCGGCAACAUUGCACUCAUSUUCUUCGCAGCAAUGGAAUCGCUGUUYAUUCGUGUCAUUCCAAACAUUGUAAUGUUUGUAUCUUUUGUGAAAAUCAUCMAAGUSAUUCGGCUACGCAGACGAGCUUUGAAAUCUAGAAAAUUAGAACCAAAGCCKGUGUUGUACAAAUUGGAGCAUCUUCGCAUAUUGUCUGACGGAUACACGGCAUUGACGACACUGAUAAUGGCGUUGGCAUUCAUUGCUCUUAGCAUCCCMARCAACAYUUUAAGUAUGGCGUUCUUAUUCCAGAACGUGUUGAAAUUCGAAUCCAAGCACAUCACAUUCAAGGUUGCAGCAUUCUGGUGCAUGCUAAUUAACCCAGUGUUACGACCGCUGAUCUAUGGUCUCAGGCACGCGAGAUGCUGGAGGUACGUAAGUCGCUGUUAUCAAAGAAUGAGGAGGUAUUUUAUGAUGCAUGGUUUAUGUCUAAAAACAGCUUCACGGUCUUCAGCGUAUGUAAUUCCUMAAGUUAAUACUUUGGAAUUAAAACCAGGCGCGUUUGGGUCGAUAAACAACGUCGAGGAAAACCGAGUUAUUCGAGAGACCAUAGUUACUAACUAUGGAGAGACAAUAAAAUCUAAAGUCAGCCGAAGACUAAGCGUCGUCGACAUUGCGCCGUCGAAUUCUGUUGCCUCUAUCAGUGUGCAAAGAUCUAUACAGUCUGUGAUCAUUUUGGAAAGAGAAAAAUUCGCCAUUGAAUUUAAAAAUGCUAGUAACUGUCAUCAAAGUGAAACUGGACGUGAAAAUGUAUUAGAGAUCGCUGUGAACAAUGUCAAUAAAGAUGUUGGCACCCAACAUCAAAGUGAAGUAUCUAAAAGUGAAGAUGARAUGGUAGUAGAAGAUAUUGAAGUUUAUGCGCCAUGA